UUAGGUGUUGAGUUCGUAAAGAUCGUCAUUUGUGGUGUCAAUUGAAAUCAUAUAUAGACGUUACAGACUCGUUAUUUCAUUCGCAGCUGAAAUGGCUCUAGAGGUACCGUCAUGGCUGAAUCAAUGCUUCGUGGAAAAUAUCCUGCGAAAAUCGGAAGGCGACAAUUCGAUUCAGAUAAUCGAUACGUUCUCGAACGCGGCCACGAGCAAGGGUGACAACUAUACCAGCGACAUCAUCAGGAUUACUGUCAAAUUUUCUCGUGAUCAAGGUGGCUGUAAAAUUAUAGAGAAGAAAUCAGCCAUCGUCAAACUCUUGCCACAUGAAAGUGUUCGACGGCAAUGUGUUAUACAAUCAGGAAUCUUUCGCACCGAGAUAUCGAUGAUGUCAGAUACCUUGGAUAAAAUGAAUAAAUUAUUAGGACCAAAGCACCGCGUAAGCGGAAAGUGUCUAUACAUGCAAAAUGAAAAUCCGAUGCUUCUGAUGAUAGAGGAUCUCACGCCUCUCGGCUUUCGCAUGGCCGAUCUACAAAAAGCCAUGUCGCUUCGAAAAAAAACUGAUUUUUUUCAAAAGGAACCAAAGCAUAAAGAGUUAAUCGGAAUAUUUAACAACCAGCAUCCGCCAGAAGCAAGAAAUUUUUUUGUUAUGAAUACUGUCAUUAUAAGAGCUUUAGCAGAGGAAAUUGCAAACUGGCCAAAAAUGAAAAAAUACUCGGAAAAAAUUGCUAAACUCACCGAUCAUAUAUAUCAAAUUGGAGUAGAUGCAACCAAGCUCUCUGAGGAUGAAUUUAAUGUUAUUAAUCACGGUGAUUUUCAUGUGAACAAUAUAUUAUUUAAAUAUGACAAUGAUGGCAAACCUAUUGAUCCCAUUUUUGUGGAUUUUCAGGAAUCCGUCUACACAUCACCGACAGUCGAUCUUCUAUAUUUUCUCAAUACAAGUCCUUCCCCGGAUGUUAUUGAGAACAAGAAAAAUAUUCUAUUAAAUGAAUAUCUUGUCUCCUUGUCGACAACUAUGAAGCAACUGAACUGCAAGACACAGCCGCUUACCAUGGGGGAACUGGAGGCUAAUCUAAAGCGAAGGGCUAGCUAUGGAAUGAUAGUAUCCUUCACAGUUUUACCGUUAAUGCUGAACAGUAAGACUGAGGCGAGAGAUUUAAAUGAAAUCGUAGGCACUGGUGGUUGGAUUAAUUCAGGCUUAAAGAGCGAGAAUUAUAAAAAAUUAAUGAUAAAAAGAAUUCCACUAUAUGAUGAGUGGGGUUUACUGGAUUUCUGAUACAAAAUUUAGUAAUUUUUAAUGAUGAAAUAAAAAUAAAAGAAAAUAGAAAUUUGGGAAAAAAAUAAAAAAAUAAUGGU